CGGAUGCAAGAAGGAUUGAUGAGGAUGAUGCCAUUUCAAAAAUAUGUUCCAAAACUCAAGAUGAUCUUGUUUCUACAGAAAAUUUUCUUUCAAGUGUAAAAAAAACAACCAAAAAUAAAAGUAGACAUGAUUCUGAUAGUGAUAUUUCUCCUCCUAGAGGAAACAAUGAAAGAAAUUCGGACAGUGAUAUUCCAUCAUCUCAUAGUCAUCGUAAGGCUGUGAAGGUACGCAACAAUGCCGAUAAAGUUUCUAAAGAAAAAAGAAUAUUACAAAGGAAAAGCAGGCAUGAUUCUGAUAGUGAUAUUUCAGUAUCUAGGAAACAUGUUACAGGGGGAUUGAACGACUCAGACAGUGACAUAUCAGUAGAGCGGAGUCAUACAGCAAAAGAAAACAAUAUUAUAAACUCACACAAAUUUCAUGAAAAAAGAAUUCCACAGAGGAAAAAUCGGCAUGACUCAGAUAGUGACAUUUCUCCUCCUAGGAAGCAACAUUCAAAUAAGAGAAGAGAAAAUAAGAACUCAGAUAGUGACAUUUCUCCCCCCAGAGUCAAGAGGAAAGAUAAUAAAUAUCCUCAUGAACCUGCAAAUGAUGACUACGAUACAGAAGAAAGAAUUAAGCACUUUGAUUCAAAGAAGUCUGAAAAAGCUUAUGAUAGGAAAUCAAAAGAUUCAAAAAAGGACCACAGUUCUGGUUCAGACUUUUCACCUUCACUAGCUAAGUCGACAAGAAAUAUGGAAAAAUCAGUCUCAAAAGGUGGAAGAAAUCGACCUGAGAAAACUUUAUUGGGUCUCAAAGCUGGACUUCAGAAUGCUUCAACAUUGAGAAAAGAAACACAAGAAUUGCGUGAACGAGAAAAAAAGCAUAUAAAUAAGUUAAGUGACAACUUAUCAGGCAGAAAUGUUGAAACUAUUGUUAGAGAUCGCCAAACAGGCAUGAAACGUGACUUGCAAGCAGAGCGUUUGGUAAAGGACGCAGAAGAGAAGAAAAAUGUUGAUCAUCAAAAGAAAUAUAUGGAAUGGGGCAAAGGGGUUCAACAAACAGAAAAUCGACAGAAAAAACUAGAGGAUGAUUUAUACGAAAUGACAAAACCGCUAGCUAGAUAUUGUGAUGAUGAAGAUUUAGAGGAGCAAUUGAAGUCUGUAAUCCAUGAGGAAGAUCCAAUGGCUGAAUAUAUGCGAAAGAAGAAACGAAAAAAUGAACCAGCUGUACCAAUAUACCGUGGCCCAGCCCCACCCCCAAACCGCUUUGGCAUACAACCAGGCUAUCGAUGGGAUGGUGUCGACCGUUCCAAUGGUUUUGAGAAAAAAUUCUUUGAGAAAAACAAUGCAUCGAAAGCUUCACAAGAAGAGGCUUAUUUAUGGAGCGUUCAAGACAUGUAAUCUGUAUUUAUAUUUUGUACAUAUUAAAUUAUUUUUCUACAU